AUGUCUUCCUUGGCUAAUCGAACUUCUUCCUCGUCGUCAUCGGAGAAUCUACCCGAGGAGAAUCCAGUUUCUGGGCCGAAUGUAACCAAGACUCGAGUCCCACUCGGCGAUGUCGGAAACCGCCGCAUCGCACUCGGAGACAUCACUAAUCAGAAGAAUGGAUCUCGAAAUUCUUCUUCGUCGUCUACUCUGGCGCGUUGUUCGAAUAAGAUCGGUCAAUCGAAGAAGGCAACAAAGACUGCUUUAUCUCGUAACUGGAAUUUGGGAAUCCUCGAUAAUGCGAAAUCAAAGAUUAUCGUUCCUUACGAAGACAUUGGAUUGCCUCAGUGCAAUGAUAAUCUUCUUGCUUCAGAUCAGUCAAUAUCCACUCGUGAAUCUUUUAAGAGCCCCAGUAUUGCUCUUCUUGAGUAUGCAGAGUCCACAGAUUUGGGAAAUGAUGAUCAGAUUGUUAACAUUGAUAGUGAUUUGGUGGAUCCACAGCUUUGUGCUGUCAUUGCUUGCGAUAUCUUCGAGCAUUUGCGUGAAUCCGAGGUAAAGAAAAGGCCGGCUCUAGAUUACAUGGAGAGGAUUCAGUCAAACAUCAAUGCUAGCAUGCGUUAUAUACUGAUUGACUGGCUUGUGGAGGUUGCUGAAGAGUAUAGGCUUUUGCCCGAUACUUUGCAUUUGGCAGUGAACUAUGUAGACCGGUAUCUUUCAGGGAAUGUAAUCACCAAGCAAAACCUGCAGUUACUUGGUGUUGCUUGCAUGAUGGUAGCAGCAAAAUAUGAAGAAGUGUGUGUGCCCCAAGUGGAGGAUUUCUGUUACAUCACUGAUAACACAUACUCAAGAAGCGAGCUUUUGGAGAUGGAGUCUUCUGUACUAAACUACUUGAAGUUCGAAUUAACAACUCCAACCGCAAAAUGUUUUUUGAGGCGCUUUGUUCGAGCUGCUCAAGGCCAAAAGGAGGUGUCACUUCUGUUUGAGUGUCUAGCUGGUUAUCUCACCGAGUUAUCUCUCUUAGAUUACACUAUGCUUGGAUACGCUCCUUCACUCAUCGCAGCCUCUGCAGUUUUCUUGGCACAAUACAUACUACACCCUUCAAGAAAACCAUGGAACGCUACAUUAGAGCAUUACACAUCGUACAGGGCUAACCAUCUGGAAGCAUGCGUUAAGAAUCUUCUUCAGCUUUGUCAUGAGAAUCCCUCAGGUGAUGUAGUUGCAAUCAGAAAGAAGUACAGUCAACACAAAUACAAGUUUGCAGCAAAGAAGUUUUGCCCCACAUCAUUGCCACAAGAGCUCUUCCUCUGCUAA